UUCACUUGAUUCACGAACACGCUAAGUUCAAUAGUCUCAAUUUUGUAAGCAUUGCACUUGCACAGGAAGAAAAUCACAAAAUAUCAUCUGAGAAAGAAGCUCUCUCUUCUGUUCGGAAUAGUGCGCGGAAAGAACAUGAAAGUGAAACUAUUACGUGGCAUGCAAUUGCUUCGUGGACAUGGGAUGCACAAGAUGAUUCAUGUGGGAUUUGUAGGAUGGCCUUUGAUGGUUGUUGCCCGGAUUGUAAACUCCCUGGUGAUGAUUGCCCAUUAAUUUGGGGUGCAUGCAACCACGCUUUUCAUCUCCAUUGCAUUUUAAAAUGGGUGAAUUCACAGACCCCUCAAGCUCAUUGCCCCAUGUGUCGUCGAGAAUGGCAGUUCAAGGGAUGAAAUCACAAGUUUUACGCCAAUCCAAGUGCAAAUGAGACUGUUUGUUUGUUUGUUAAAAAUCAUAUCUUUUUAAGCAUAUGAGAUCAGAGAGAUACUAUGUAGUUUAGUGAUAGUUUGGUUGUGACAGUAACCCGUGAUGUUGAAAAAUUAAGGAUUUCAUUAUAUUAUAGUUUAAUGUUGGUGGUAUGAAGAUGUUCUUGAACCUUUCUA